GAAUGGGACUAACAGGCUUUGGAGUGUUCUUCCUUUUCUUUGGAAUGAUACUCUUCUUUGACAAAGCUCUUCUGGCUAUUGGAAACGUUUUAUUUGUGGCUGGCUUGUCUUUUGUUAUCGGUUUAGAAAGAACAUUUAGAUUCUUCUUUCAAAAGCACAAAAUGAAAGCAACGGGCUUUUUCCUGGGUGGUGUGCUCAUAGUUCUCAUUGGUUGGCCUUUAAUAGGAAUGGUCUUUGAAAUUUAUGGGUUCUUCCUAUUAUUCAGGGGGUUCUUUCCUGUGGUGGUUGGCUUUAUUAGAAGAGUUCCAGUUCUCGGCUAUCUCUUGAAUUUACCCGGUAUAAGCUCGCUUGUAGAUAAAGUUGGAGAAAGCAACAACAUGGUAUAAUGACAAGAGGGCAGAAGACUGAUUCUAAACUUACUGUAUUAUUUAUAAAACCCUUUUGAAGAAUACUCAGCACAAAGAUUAAGUUGUGUACAAAGGAAAAGCUUGUUACAUUCUUUACAUAACAGUUUAAUUUAAUGUGUAUAGUCAACAAUAUACAUUAGAAAAGAAGCUCUAGGAAAGUAACUCCAGAGUUCAGGAUGUAAACUGAAGAGGUGAAAGUCAUGGAACAACCCAUGUUACAACUGUUCAAGACUUUGUUGGCUUUGGAAAACAUGCUAGAGGCAAUGAACCCUUGUGGAAUUAGCAGAGCCUGUACUUUACCUCCUUAUUUUGAAGGUGCAGUAGAGCAAACAGGCUUGCAUUUUUUUUUUUUAAGGGUGACCCAAACUUAUCUGACCCUCUGCUUGCUAUCCUCAGAGUGCAAAAUACCAAACAGAAAACUUCUUGUGUUACAAGAGCUGCGUCUUUGUGUGAAGGUUAAGAUGACUAUUCAUCUUUAAGUGUAUUAUGACAAAAAAAGGAAACCCUACACGGUUCUGUUGUAAACAUUUUUGUAAAUAUGUGGCUGAAAUAAAACAUUUAUCUUAAUGUUUCAAAGCCAAAUGUAAGGUGAUUGUAUUUGCCUUCCCUUUUGGAAUAUGCAAAAGGUCAAUCUUUGAUAACUUCAUUCUCCAGUGUUGGUUCUGAACAUGUAGAGCUCAACAGGGAACUCUGGAAACCUGACUCGCACUCCUUCCAGUUUUUUCUCCCUGAGUCAUGUUACACAUGCAUCUGGGUGGGAAUGUAGCCCCUUGUCACUAACAUGAAAACUCUGAAAUAUGCCUAGUUCACAGAAAAAUGCAUUUGCUUAAGGUGCUGACGUGAACCCUGUGAAAUGUAUCUUAUUGAAAUUUGAACCCUUGUUUUUUAAGUAGUUUGAAGCUAAGGUUUCUUGGUUUACUCUGGAACUGCAAAUUUACUUUUAUUUUUUACAGUAAUAAAAUGAAAACUU